GCACCAAUGCAACUUGAUUGAGUCAUGGCAACCCAUUGCUUCUUUGCAGCUAUUCUCCUCUUUGUCACCCUUCAAACAACAGUGGCAGAAUCGGUUGGUGUUUGUUAUGGGAGGAAUGGAAAUGAUUUGCCAUCGGAACCACAAGUGAUUAACCUGUACAAGCAAAAUGGGAUCAGCAGCAUGCGAGUUUUCGACCCCGUCCCGCCGGUUCUCGAUGCUCUCCGGGGAUCCCAAAUCCAAGUCAUUCUCUGCAUCCCUAAUCCCACCCUGCAAUCGCUCACCGAUCCCGCCGCCGCCGACCAAUGGGUCCAAACCUUCGUCAAGAACUACUAUCCGGAUGUGAAAUUCAAGUACCUAGCUGUAGGGAACGAGGUUUUGCCUAACACCCCCUCCGGUGAGUUCGCCGCUUUCGUUCUCCCGGUGAUGCAGAAUGUGUACAAUUCCUUGGCGGCUUCCGGGUUGCAGGAAGAGAUCAAGGUCUCCACGGCGACGUUCUCCGCGAUUCUGGCUAACACCUACCCGCCGGCGGAGAGCGUGUUCCGCGACGACGCCAGGGAGUUCGCCGUCCCGAUAGUGCAGUUCCUGGCGGAGAAGAAAUGCCCUCUACUGGCCAAUAUUUACCCGUAUUUCGCCCACAUCGGCGACCCGGAUAACGUUCCCCUCGCGUCCGCGCUGUUCGAGAACUCCGCCCCCAACGACGCCGGAUACACCAACCUGUUCGACGCAAUGCUCGACGGGUUUUACGCUGCCGCCGCUAAGGUAGAGGCGCCUAACAUCGACGUUGUUGUUUCCGAGACCGGCUGGCCUUCUUCCGGCGGCGGUGAUGCCGCGACCGCUAAAAAUGCUGAGGUUUAUUACAGGAACAUGAUUAGCCAUGUGAAGAGUGGGGCUGGAACGCCAUUGAAGCCUGGAAAAUCAAUGGAGGUUUACCUGUUCGCCAUGUUCGAUGAAAACCUGAAAAUUGGGGAUGAAACUGAGAAGCAUUUCGGCCUUUUCUCCCCCGAUCAAAAGCCAAAGUAUCAAAUUUCUUUACAAUAAUUCUUCGCCGCUCCUAGCUCCAUAAUAUACUCCGGAGUAAUAAUAAUGUAUCAUUUUUAUGAAUAAGGAUGGAUCGACAAACUUAACUGUAGAAUUGUUGUAUUUAUUAAGUGGAAUAAUAAGUUUGAAUUCCAAACAAGUAUUUGGGCUAAUGUAGAUGAAUUGAGAUUCUA